AUGGUGGCAAAUCAAUCAUACAAAAAAUAUAUACUGAACUAUCGUUUAGAUCCACUGGGUAUUGUAGACUGCUUCACAGCUGAAGUGGGUACAAGUGGAUUUUUUUAUCCAACUCACAUGACUCUUCCUGUUGAACUUUCUGAGGACAAUGCACCUUCUCCCUAUAUGGGUGUAAUUGCUUUUGACUCCCUUGGUAAAAGGGACAGAGGGACAAUGCAAGGGAUCUUAUUUAAUCCUAAAAAGAUUGUGGUGAAGAUGUUUGUGGUGAUCUAUGAUUUACGAAAGUUGCCUGCCAAUCAUCAAACAUUUCUGUGGCAAAGAACUUUUUGUGUCCCUGUAAAGCAAAAUAUUCGAUAUACUAAAAAGAUAUUAUGCUACCUCAUUCAUAUGAGGUUCCACAGUUCCAGGUUUGAAGGGAUCUACCUCUACAGACAUAUAAGAUUUCUGUUUUUUCAAAAUUCUAUGGGAUUACAGAGUCAUAAAAAGGGAAUUUUUAAUGGCGCUGCAUAUGAACUCAACUCUUCCACUAAAUCUUCAAUGAAUCCCUAGUUUUCAUUCCGGUGUUAG